UGUUAAACAUAUUUCCUAAUUUACAAAUGUUAAUAAUGUUAAAGAAACAAAUUGCAUUAAAAAAAAAUUAAAUUAAAAAAAAGGCAUGGAUUUAACCAUAAAAAUCAGGAAAAUUAGUUAAGUCAAUAAUGAGAUUCCUCGACUUCCAUAAAUGAAAUCAAUCAAUUUUAAUGAUGAUUGACAGUAAAAUAAAAAUGAAAUAAUAGGCUGGCGCGUGUAUACUUGUUGUUACUUGUUAGUUGUAAUUUUAGAAUUUGACCAAAAUACCCUCAUGGAAAGUCUUCCCCCACCACCACCACUGUGUAUUUUGUGUUUGCUUCUUUCAACACCUUCUUUUACAAUUACACGCUCUUUCCUCUUUCAUCUCUCUCUUAACAAACCCCAGCUUUCUCUCUCCUCCCCUUUUUCUCUAUUCUUUCUCUCAUUUUUCGUAACAACAAUUUUUCUUUUAUUUUUUGUUUGAAAGAAAUCCUUUUUUUUUUAAAAAAAAAAUAAAUUUGGUUUUAUAUUUGGAGAAGAAAGAUUUUGGUUAGCAAAGUUAUUUUUGCUUAAAAAUCAAACAAUCAAAUGGCAACAAUAACCGCAUCAUUAGAGCGAUCACUUCAAAACUGCUCUUUAAACCAAACCACCAGAACUCGCCGAGGUGGCGGCGGAGGUGGCGGUGGUUUAGGGCGGUCAUCGUCGUCUGAUUCGCCGGAAAUUAUUCACAAUCAUAAAAAUGACAACCGUGGUAGACGGCGUGGUAACGAUCAAUCUUUGGUAGGCGCGACGACGACAACAACAACAAGAACAACACAACAACAACACUGCUCAAACGCCGCAUCUUCUUCAGAUGAAAAUUCAACAUUCGUUGAACUUAACUCCCAUGUUUCUCUCCCUUACCAUUGGGAACAAUGCCUUGAUUUGAAGACAGGGGAGUUAUAUUACAUAAAUUGGAGUAAUGGAAUGAAAGCAAAGGAAGAUCCAAGAACAACAGCAACAGGUUACAAUGGUGAUUACUACUCAGAAGGCGAGGAAGAGGAUGAGGAUGAGGAUGAAGAUGUGGACGAGGAUGAAGAAGAGGAGAGCAACUGCUAUGAUAGUGAGAGUUCAUCAACCGAAUCAUCUCCGUGUUCGAGUAAUCGAAAAGGGAGUUUCCGAUCACUCAAGAAACAACAACAACAACAACAACAACAAGAGCCAGAAUUGAACCAAGAAUCAGUAUUAGUAGUGGCAGGUUGCAAGAGUUGCUUAAUGUACUACAUGGUGCCUAAACAUGAAGAAGACUGCCCCAAAUGUUCUGGUCAGCUUCUUCACUUUGCUGCCAAUAAUUCCUCCCCUUAGAAUUUUAAUAUCAAAUUAAACCGACAUUAUUAUUAUCAUCAUUAUUAUUAUAAACCAACUCCAUUUUUCUAAAGUCUAUAUAAUCUUUUUUUUAGUUAUAAUCCUAGAAAUGGAGGAGGAAAGUGUAUUUUUUUUUUUUAAUUUUUAGUUUGUUAAUUAAGGUGAAUUGAUGGUAGAUAGAAGAAAGAGAAGAAAGAGUUGAGAGGGGUGGAUGAAUGGUUGAUUCUUGAUUGUGACAUUCUGUAGCUUUGUUCUCUUUGUUCUUUCUCUUAUCUCCCAUGCUCACAUAAAUAUUAUAUUUUCGGUUUU